AUGUUGCCCGAAGCCCUCCACGCGGAAACUGGGCCGCCAUUGACUGCGUUCUCCAAGACCCGGCACCGAGCGACAACUGCGCAGGCGCCCAAGCCCACAGGGCGGAAGCGGAAGCGGGAAGCUGCGUACGGCGUGUGGACGAUUCAGCGGCCUGCAGCCAUGCGCGGCUUGGCGGAGCGGGGUUCCUGCACCCCAGCGGCCCCGUGCGGGUGCACUCAGCCGGCCCUGGAGACAGGAAAUCUUUUAACUGAGCCAAUAGGCUACUUGGAGUCGUGUUUCUUGGCCAAGAAUGGUACUCCAAGGCAGCCGUCCAUUUGCAGCUACUCCAGAGCCUGUUUGAAGAUCAGAAAGAGCAUCUUUAAUAAUCCUGAGCAUUCGUUGAUGGGCCUGGAACAGUUUUCUCAUGUUUGGAUUUUGUUUGUUUUUCACAAAAACGGCCAUUUGAACUACAAGGCAAAAGUACAGCCGCCUAGGUUGAAUGGGGCAAAGACUGGAGUGUUCUCCACAAGGAGCCCACAUCGCCCUAAUGCAAUAGGACUGACGCUGGCCAAGCUGGAGAAGGUGGAAGGUAACACAGUUACUGCACUCUACUAA